AUGCGGAGUGACGCUUCACCAGUGCUGGCUGUAACGUGUCUACUCUACUGGAUUCCACCUUGCGUGUGUUACUUAGCUCCUGGAAGCCCCAAAAUCACACGGUGUAGAUCUCCUGAAAAAGAGACCUUCAGCUGCUGGUGGGAGCCUGGAUCAACAGGUGGACUGCCCACUACAUACCGCCUUUUUUACAGAAAAGAGAGAUCUGAAAUGGUUUUUGAAUGUCCAGACUACCACAGUGCUGGGAACAGCUCCUGUUUCUUUGACAAAACUCAUACAUCCAUCUGGAUCAUUUAUAAUAUCACCGUCAUUGCUACUAAUGCUGAAGGGAGCACAUUUUCAGAGCCAGUAGAGGUGGACGUCAUGGAUAUUGUCCAUCCUCAUGCUCCAGAAAAUGUGACUUUGACACUGAUGGGAACAGAGGAGAACCCGUAUUUUCUGGUGAAAUGGGAGGCCCCACGUGGUACAGACACUCGUUCAGGCUGGGUAACUCUGAAAUAUGAAGUUCGUGUAAAACUAGAUAGGGGAGGACAGGAGCACAUCAGUGAGUGGGAGGUGUAUAACUGUGGCAAACAAAAGAAUCUAAGUAUCUACAGUCCACAACCAGGAGGAAAAUAUACUGUACAAGUACGCUGCAAAUUAGACCAAGGACUCUGGAGUGAGUGGAGCCCUUCAGCUUUCAUUCAAGUCCCAAAUAACUUGAUACAAGAACAGCCAGUAACGUUCCUUAUAUCCUUUGGCAGUGCCUUUAUUGCCUUGGUUACUGUUGGAAUACUAAUAGCCACAAGAGAACAUGUUAAGAAUUGUUUACUGCCCCCUGUUCCAGGACCAAAGAUCAAAGGCUUUGAUAGUCACCUCCAACAGACAGACAAGUCAGAAGAUAUAUUCGGCACCCUGAACUUUCAAGGCAUCAUUGCAACACCAGACUGCAAAGAGCAGGUGGAGUAUCUUGUGGUGCUCAACAGUGAGGAGGACAGCGAGACAUCUGAAAGUAAAGCUCCUCAAAAAUAUCAAGAAACAGAUCAUAAUUUUUCACACCAUGAAGAUGGAGUUCACUGCUGCAACACCGCGUCAACACAAAGAAUCUGGAAUAAGCUAAAUACCACUCAAAGCUUACAAUGGAAAAGACCAGCUGUACAUAACUGUCAAGGUUCUGAUCAUGAAUCUACAUCUUUAUAUGCAUCUUUAGACACUUUCUACACCCAAGACGUGAACCAUCAGCAAAGAAUGGUAGUUUAUCAGAACAGUCAGAUAAAAUCUGAGAAAGACUUGGUCAGAAACUGUCGGUCAAGCUGUAUAUCCAGCAUGGAGCAAAAUGAACUUUGUCCUGAUGGGUUCGAAGAAUAUGCUAAAGAAAAGCAUAGAGCAGACUGUAAGCUAAACCCCACAACACAAGAAAAAGAGGACUACAGUAAAGUCAGUGGGAUUUACAGUGACAUUGUACUUGUGCUUGAAAAAGACAGCAGUACUAUCGAUAUGCACAAAGGAAAAAAUCAUGAAUGUCCAAGCAAAGAGAUUCAUGGUAAAUCUAUUCACCCAGAUAAGGUGGGCACACAUUCUCAGGACUACAUGGUUACUCUUUAG